GAGGGGCCCGGGAAGCUGGGGUCACUUCCUGCUCCGUCCCAGUCACCCUGAACUGGUCCCCGGGUCCUCAGCCUGGGAUCACCCCUUGAGAAGGACCCCAGAGUCCUCGGCAUCUAGCCCGUGCCCCCCUCCCCAGAGGCAGGGCAUUCAAGGGGUUAAGUCCCCUGGGGCUGGAUUCUGCCUUCCGCCUUUCCCAGACCCCAAAGCCGGUCCCUGGAACUCGGGGAGGUCCUGAGCUCUGUGAUGGAGCCUGAGGCAGCACUGUGGGGCCCAGAUCUGCGGGGUCCUGAACAGAGCCCCAACGAUGCUCACAGAGGUGAGGGGCACAAGAAGGGACUGCGGUCCUGACAAGACAGUGGCCAUGAGAUCAUCUUGGGAGAUCCAGCUCAGAGUCCAGAAUUCAAGGACCCACCAGAGAUGCCCCUGGAAAGACCCUCCCAGGAUCCCUCAGUCCUCCAGGACCGCCCAACCCCACUGGGUCACUCCAGCCCCUUAGACCACCAGACCUCUCUGGACCCCUCCACCCCCGAGGUAGUCCCUACCCCAUCUGACUGGACCAAGGCCUGUGAGGCCAGUUGGCAGUGGGGGACUCUGACCACAUGGAACAGUCCCCCGGUGGUCCCUGCCAAUGAGCCCAGCCUGCGGGAGCUGGUACAAGGCCGCCCCUCCGGGGCCGAGAAGCCCUACAUCUGCAACGAGUGCGGCAAGAGCUUCAGCCAGUGGUCCAAGCUGCUGCGGCACCAGCGCAUCCACACGGGUGAGCGGCCCAACACCUGCUCCGAGUGCGGCAAGAGCUUCACGCAGAGCUCGCACCUGGUGCAGCACCAGCGCACACACACCGGCGAGAAGCCCUACAAGUGCCCAGACUGUGGUAAAUGCUUCAGCUGGAGCUCCAACCUGGUGCAGCACCAGCGCACGCACACGGGUGAGAAGCCCUACAAGUGUACCGAGUGCGAGAAGGCCUUCACGCAGAGCACCAACCUCAUCAAGCACCAGCGCUCACACACGGGCGAGAAGCCGUACAAGUGCGGAGAGUGCCGGCGCGCCUUCUACCGCAGCUCCGACCUCAUCCAGCACCAAGCCACGCACACGGGCGAGAAACCCUAUAAGUGCCCCGAGUGCGGCAAGCGUUUCGGCCAGAACCACAAUCUCCUCAAGCACCAGAAGAUCCACGCCGGGGAGAAGCCAUACCGCUGCACCGAGUGUGGCAAGAGCUUCAUCCAGAGCUCAGAGCUGACCCAGCACCAGCGCACGCACACGGGCGAGAAGCCCUACGAGUGCCUCGAGUGCGGCAAGAGCUUCGGCCACAGCUCCACCCUCAUCAAGCACCAGCGGACCCACCUGCGCGAGGACCCCUUCAAGUGCCCUGUGUGCGGCAAGACUUUCACGCUGAGCGCCACACUGCUGCGGCAUCAGCGCACACACACGGGCGAACGGCCCUACAAGUGCCCCGAGUGCGGCAAGAGCUUCAGUGUCAGCUCCAACCUCAUCAACCACCAGCGCAUUCACCGCGGCGAGCGGCCCUACAUCUGCGCCGACUGUGGCAAGAGCUUCAUCAUGAGCUCCACGCUGAUCCGCCACCAGCGCAUCCACACCGGCGAGAAGCCCUACAAGUGCUCCGACUGCGGCAAGAGUUUCAUCCGCAGCUCCCAUCUCAUCCAGCACCGACGCACACACACGGGCGAGAAGCCCUACAAGUGUCCCGAGUGUGGCAAGAGCUUCAGCCAGAGCUCGAAUCUCAUCACCCAUGUGCGCACCCACAUGGAUGAGAACCUCUUCGUGUGCUCCGACUGCGGGAAGGCCUUCCUGGAGGCACACGAGCUGGAGCAGCAUCGGGUGAUCCAUGAAAGAGGGAAGACUCCAGCCCGGAGGGCUCAGGGUGACACUCUGCUAGGGCUUGGGGACCCCACGCUGCUGACCCCGCCCCCCGGAGCCAAACCACACAAGUGUCUUGUUUGCGGAAAGGGGUUCAACGACGAGGGCAUUUUCAUGCAGCAUCAGAGAAUCCACAUUGGAGAAAACCCCUACAAAAAUUCAGAUGGCCUCAUCGCACACCAAGCUCCCAAGCCACCUCAGUUUCGACCCCCCAGGCUCCCUUUUGGAGGGAAUUCCUAUCCAGGUGCUGCGGAGGGCAGAGCUGAACCCCCAGGACAGCCCUUUAAAAUGCCUGAGGGGCAGGAGAGCUUCAGCCAAAGGCUGGGCCUGCUUUCCUCCAAGUCCUAUAUUUGUUCCCACUGUGGAGAAAGCUUCCUGGAUCGCACCGUGCUCCUCCAACACCAGCUUACCCAUGGCAACGAGAAGCCCUUUCUCUUUCCUGAUUAUAGGAUUGGCUUAGCAGAAGGGGCAGGGCCCAGUCCCUUCCUAAGUGGAAAGCCCUUUAAAUGCCCUGAAUGCAAAAAAAGCUUUGGCCUCAGCUCCGAGCUGCUGCUGCACCAGAAAGUCCACGCAGGCGGGAAACGCCAGAAGAGUCCAGAGCUGGGGAAGAGUUCCUCUGUCCUCCUGGAGCACCUCAGGAGCCCCCUGGGGGCCAGACCCUACAGCUGUUCAGAUUGUGGGGCCUCCUUCCUUGAUCGCCUGGCCCUCAUCCGGCAUCAGGAAACUCAUACCCAAGAAAAGUCCCCCAAACCUGAGGAACCCCUUCCAGAGCCAGCCACCCUGUCCACAAGCCAGGAAGGUGAGGGACAGACGCCCGCUCCCACAGGGAGCAGCAGCCACAGGGAAGGGGACACACCCAAAACCGUCUUGGAAGAAAAGCCCUAUUUGUGCCCUGAGUGUGGAGAUGGCUUCACAGAAGUCGCAGCCCUCCUCCUCCAUAGGAGCUGCCACCCCGGGGUUGCCCUGUGAAAUGGGUCUAGAAACCAGGGGCCUCUCUCCUGAGAGGAUCACUGGAUCUCCCCAAAAAUUAUGUGGGGAAAGGAAGAAAACCCUAUCAGAUUGUAGAGAUGCAGAGGAUAAAAGACCCUGGGUAAAAAUAGUGCUUUUACAUCAGUGAUGAGAAAACCUAUAAAAUUGUUGGUGGAAACCACUUAUAAUGCCGUAGAGAAAAACUGUUGGGUUAGAAACCCUAUAAAUAUGUAGGAAAAAAAGCCCUUUAAGUCUGUAGCAGAGAAACCCUAUAAACUAUAGUGGAUAAAAGCCCUAUUAAUUGUAGGAAGAGGUCUCAAUGUCUCUAGACAACCCUAAAAAACUGUAUCAAAAUCCUUGUAAAACUAUAGGGUCGGGGAAGUGCAGGGAAUAUAGCAAUGGCAUUGACUUGGGAGGAAUGACCCUCAGAAGGUGUAGAAGAACCUCCCAUGAACUUGUUCCAGUGUUCUCUCCCACUGGAGGGAGGUUCAUCCCCAGAAGCCUUGGACAAUUACACUGAGGAAGAUGCUCAGUGGGGAGUAGUGUGGGAAUUGGGUGAAACUGGAAAAGGAUGAAAACAAAGACAGGAGAAAAAUAAGUGAUGAGGAGCCCUCAAACCCACAGAGGAGAAAUGACCCAGGAACUAGGAAGAGAAAGUCCAGCUCAUUGUACUGUGGGUACCUCAGGGUAUAAGGCCAAUCUUACAUGCAUGUUAGAGAAAGAGUCCCAUGGAAUUCUUUACAAAAAGCCAAGAAUGGGGAGGGGAAAGACAAAAAAAAUGAUGUCGAGCCUUUUUAAAAUCUGAAGUUUGGGGUGCUUAAAAACCUUAAUACUGGGAAACCACCACAAAAAUUAGGGUGAAAGGUGGGGGGAUUCUGUUAGAGUGCUUUGAGGGAAGGAGACGAAGCUGAGAAACUUCAGAUGGAACCCAGCAAACUCCAGGCUGCCCAGUCCUCCCUGGUUCCGGGAGCUUGUUUAAACUGCAAGUGCAAAUGGAUCCCAGCUCAGGCCGCCCGAGUCCUUCCCAAGUCAGGCAAGAUGACCCUUUCCCAGCCCAGCUGGGGACUUCUACUCUGAGAGGCCUCCAGGGAUGGAGGGUCCCUUCUGCUACAUUCUCAGGUCUCACUGUCAGGAGGUUUCUCCUGAAAUCUAACUGCCACCAGUCUUGCUGCAGUGGCAGCCCGUUUCCUCGAAUUCUGUCCUCAGUGGAAAGGGAGAACUGCUGCUAGUCAACCUCCAAAGAAUAAAGCCCUCAGAGACUCAAGGCCUAUGUGUGCUCAAAUCCUCCCUAGACUGCUCUUCUCCAAGUCAGUGAGAGCCUCAUGUAGGUUCUGUGUGGCAACGAGAGAGAGCAAGUAGACAAAAUAGCCAGCAACCUUUGAUUAGCCAGCAACCUGCUUUUAAACUUCAGUUUUUCCUCUGAGCUGAUAGCAAGGCUGCUGGCAGGAUGAGCCAGCCUGCAUGUAGUGACGGAUGUCCAAACACCCUGCAGAUGGGACCAUGGGUCCUUGAAGAGUAUAUUGAGGCCAGACCACCUUCCUCACCCCAGUACCUGGAACCCUCUGUGGUUGUGACAGCCCAACCCAAUUGUGGUCUUGGGACGAGAUGGAUUCCACCCACUCAGCUCCUCUUUAACCAGAAACCUUUGGAGGGAAAUGGAAAGAU